CCCCGGAGCCCGCACCCGCGGGGCCGCGCCAGCCCGAGCGCAUGGCCGAACCGGGGGAGCCUGCGGCGGAGGAGCCAGCGGACGAGGGGAGGCAGGAUGAAGAGCAAGACUCAGACAGUGAGACAGGACCGCCCACUGAAGAGCCUGAGGAAGAGGAUGGAGCGGCCUUCUCCUUUAAGUACAGCCCUGGGCAGCUGAGGGGAAGCCAGUACAAGCGGAUGAUGACCAAAGAAGAAUUGGAGGAGGAACAGAGAGUUCAGAAAGAACAGCUGGCCGCCAUCUUCAAGCUCAUGAAGGACAACAAGGAGACGUUUGGUGAGAUGUCUGAUGGUGACAUGCAGGAGCAGCUUCGACUCUAUGACAUGUAGGCCUGUCGCCCAGCAAGACGUGACCCAGGACAUCCUGACGACCCUUAGGGACUUGGUCCAGGCUGUUGUCGAUUCCCAGACUUUUGAAGGACUAUCUUGUACAAACAGAUAGAGAUGCGUGUUAUAUAAGGAUUCGCUUGGCCUCUGCAAUUUUUAUACCAAUGUUCGAGGAAUCGACAUUGUUUUCUUCAGAGGAGGAAACCCCUGACCCCUCUGGCUUCAGCUCACUGGUGAGGGUCCACCUGUGUCGUGUUCUACAGACCCAGGGCAGGUAGUCCAGGAUUGCUGACGAGGGCUUGACGCUGGGCCCCUAAGCAUACUGUGUAGACAGAAUACAGGGUGUCACAGGGGAGAUGGGUGUGAUCUAGUAACACUGUACUCUUCAUUCUGCCCCAGGGGCGUUUCUGGAAGUCGCUGGGGUGGCAGCCACAAGUCUGAUUGAAAGGCUCAGCUGUUACCCUGGGGCAGAAGAGUGGGGUCAGUUGAUAGAGUAGUCACCACUGCCGAGGCUCACCUUCACCAUCACGCCGUGUGAAAGCGUGGCACACAGAGAACGAUGCUGGACACUGUAGACAGAAGAAAUAACACACACAACAGGGCCUGGGGCAGAGCGUGUGCUUAGCAAGUUCAAGGCCCCCGAGUUUCAUCCCCAGCACCAGAAGCCCCUUCCCCCCCAGCCCAUCCCCCCAAACGACAGUGUGGUCUGUACCUUUGGUGAGACUAAAAGGCCUUUAGAAAAUGAGAAGCUACCAGAAAGCUUCGGGAAAAUGUUCCAGCGUCCCCUAAAAUAAUGCCUGGGUGCCAGGGUAGGACCACCCAGUGACGAUGGGGAGGGACCACAGCAGCUCCCUCCUGCCCACCAGUCCCACUGGCUGUCACCCCACUUUGCCAGAGCAAACUGAAUCGAAGGUAUGCUGAGGACGGGAAGUGGGAACGCUCUUAAAACCAACUUUUAUUUGCUAAAAUAAAACGAAAUAAACAUAAAGACAUAACUCAAA